AAUCGUAAUUCCGCGUAAGAAACAAAAAAGGAGGGGUGGUGGAAGUUGGGACAAUCGCGGGUCAUGUUACCUAUAGCCUGAACAUAUAGAAUAUCUUCGCAUCCUUGUAACCUUCUCCCUCAGUCCCCCUUUGAAGGGGUCACUUUAAGUUUACUUGUUGGUUUCACUAGUUUGCACCGAAGGAGGAAUAAGCAAAAAAGGGAAGCAGAAAAUAUGGACACCUCCUUUGCACCUUACCUGAGGUUCUCCGAUGAAAACAGACAUCCAGACACUCCGGCCCUGGAGGUAACUCUCAGUGGGCCACGAAACUUCUAUACCCAGAAUCCAACCGGGAAUUUCUUUACCUUGACUGUCAAGCGACUUGGGGAGCGCGAACCUUCCGAGAACCGGCACAAGCCAUGUUAUUUCUACUGGUCUCCGAGCACAGAUGAGGGGUUUCGGGUUUUUCGCACCCAGGAAUCGGAUGCGCAGGAGCAGGAGGUGGAGGUGGUGGUGGUGAAGUUGAGUUCUCCCUCGCCGGCAACGCAGCAAUCGGACCAACUCCACCUAUGGUCCUUGAGCGCGGACAAAGAUUCAGUGUCGUGGGACGUCAGUCUGGGUGAAAACAUGUUCCGCAAGCUGGAAAAAAGUGAGUCGGUCACGUACGUGCUGUUUUGGCCGGGGGGGCAGGUCUAUCUGUGGGACUGGGGCACAAGCAUAGGAGACAAGGGGUUUUCUGCCCGCCGGGAGCUGGUGCCUAAGUCCACCCCAAUCGUCCUCCCAGGCGGUGCCAGAUGUGCGUUCAGUUUGGUGGAUGGCCAUGUGCCGCCGCUGCCGCCUCGACCAACGGACCCAGGUGUCAGUAGUGUUACCCCAGGUACUCCGAUCCUCCGUCUCGAGCUGGAUGCGCCAGCAACAUGGAAGGUACUGGAAGACUUACCCUUGACCAUAAAGCUCACAUAUCAUGGGGUGUCGGGAGAGGAGUCCCCACGACCGAUCACGUUCUCGGUCGGCGAUUUGUACGCGUGGGGGGUACUGUCCGCCUAUCGGCGUCGGGGUAGUUCUGGGGAAUGGGGUGCUUGGCUUAGUACUGCUGCGUGGGGUUAUCCGGAGUUUGGGGACGACGAAAUCAAGUGCACGGUGGGGACGAGCGAUGCGUUCAUGACUCUGCAGCCCCACGAGACGUGGCAUGACGUGUGGCCGCUUGAGUGUGAGCUGUCUCUACCAGCAGAUGCCCGUGUCGGAGAGGUUAUUCGAUACCGAUUUGAGGGAUGCAAGCUAGCCUGGUGGAAUUGGGGAACAUUGGAGGAUCAUAAGAAUACAAGUAUAACAUUAACUGGUCUGGGAGGAGCGAUCGUCGAUCCACCCAACAAUGACGGGCGGCCAGAGGUUAUGAUACCGGCUUCAAACCUGGUGGAAUUUACAGUCGUGGACUGAGACUGAGAAGUUUGGAAUUCAACCCAAUCUAUCCUCAACCGGGCAUACUUAUUGAAAUGGAAUCAUUAUGGCGCACUUAGACGUUAUCACUACCCGCAAGUAGCGGCUCGUUCUCAUCUAACGGAGUCAACUGGCAAUGCUGAUUUUUCCAUGCCAGCCACAACAGAGAUGCCUGGACUAGAGCAAAGACCCCAUUGUCCACGGCCGGCCAACCGACGAAGAUAUACCAGUUAUAGAUCGUAAACCAUGAUGCGUAGAUAUCCCAACUAGAGCCGAGAUAUGUCACCCGCAAAGGCCAAGUGAUAGCCAGAACUGAGAACACUCCUGCUUGUGCCGCAAGUCCUACUGGACUCAAUGCUCGCUGAGGCGGCUGACCUUUCCU